AUGUCUCCCCGGCCUUGCCUGUCUCCCCCGUCUCUUCCCCAUGUCUCCCCGGCCUUGCCUGUCUCCCCCGUCUCUUCCCCAUGUCUCCCCGGUCUUGCCUGUCUCCCCCGUCUCUUCCCCAUGUCUCCCCGGCCUUGCCUGACUCCCCCGUCUGUUCCCCAUGUCUCCCCGGCCUUGCCUGUCUCCCCCGUCUCUUCCCCAUGUCUCCCGCCCCCUGUCUCCCGGCCUUGCCUGUCUCCCCCGUCUCUUCCCCAUGUCUCCCCGGUCUUGCCUGUCUCCCCCGUCUCUUCCCCAUGUCUCCCCGGCUUGCCUGCUCCCCCGUCUCUUCCCCAUGUCUCCCCGGCCUUGCCUGUCUCCCCCGUCUCUUCCCCAUGUCUCCCCGGCCUUGCCUGA